AAAGUUUAUACGAUAAAAAAAAUGGCAGCCCCCAUGGGAAAUACGAGUCUAGCGGUUCUAAAAAGUUUUUGUGAGGCUUAUUUGUAUUGAUUCUAUUAAUAUAAGUCGCAUCAUGACACCUUCACGCCAGUAUAAAUUUCGUUCCGUAUUUUGAACGCUUACCGAUUUCACGUGUAGGCGGUAUUCAUCUAAACUCAAAACUAAACAUCGGCAUGGGUUACUUAAUUUAAUAUCAAGGCAUUGAUCUAGCUCAAAAUGGAGUUGUCAAGCGCUGGGCCGGUGGUUUUAAAAACACUGACGAAUGCGUGCAGUCAAAAUGCUGAUGUUCUGAAGCCUGCAGAACGCCAACUUCAGCAAUGGGAAACACAAACUGGAUUUUACACCGUUCUUUCUGAGAUAUUUUGUGACCACGGUAUUGAUGUGAAUGUGAGAUGGUUAGCGGUGUUAUACUGUAAGAAUGGAGUGGAACGAUACUGGAGGAAAAUGGCACCCAAUGCCAUGUCUGAAGAAGAGAAGGAGCGUCUCAAGUCCAAGCUGAUUUCCAAUUUUUCAGAACCAGUUCCACAGAUUGCCACUCAGCUUGCAGUUUUGAUAUCAAAGAUUGCUCGCUUGGACUGCCCCAGAAACUGGAAUGCUCUGCUUCCUGCACUCUUUCAAGCCGUUCGCUGUGAGGACAUGCUCAUCCAGGAAAGAGCUCUACUCAUUCUUCAUCAUGUGACCAAAACUCUGGCCUCUAAAAGACUGGCUCCUGAUAGAAAAUUAUUUGAGGAUUUGACCAGUGAGAUAUUUGGGUUUGUGUAUGGACUAUGGAUCAGAGAUCUAGAUCUUUUUGCUACGCUCUCACUCCAGCACAAUGAAGAAAUGGGACCUGCCAUGGAUCGAGCAAACCUUUCAUGUAAAAUUAUAAGGAAGCAGAUUGCCUAUGGAACCAAAGAUCCAGCUACAAACCAGGAUAUGUCCAGCUUUUUAAACCAGAUAUUUGUCAGACUGAAGGAAGUCUUAGGUUUCAGACAGAGCAUGUGGGGGAAUCACCAAGUUCUAGAAAAGUGUCAGAAAAUGAUCCUACUAAUCACUAAAAUUCUGUUGGACCUAUCAGAUAUCCACCCCAUCUCAUUCAUACAGUUGAUUCGACCAACACUAGAGUUUGUGGUCACUUUCAAUUUCUCAAUGUCUGAAAAAGGUUUGGUGUUUCAGAGGUUCACAGUGAACUGCUUUAACUUGAUGAAGGGUAUUCUGUCCAGUGAUGUCUACAGACCAAUGAAAUCUCCAGAGCUUACUGAUUCUGUUAAGAUGGAGGCAUAUAAAAUUAAGAUGGAUUUUUUCCAAUUUGGAACCCUGCGAGAGAUUUGUCGCCGCCUAGUUUCCCAGUACUUCCUGUUGACAUCAGAGGAUCUCAGUAACUGGGACAGUGACCCCGAGGGUUUCUGUUUGGAGGAAGGAGGGGAUUCUUUCAAAUAUUCAUUAAGACCGAGCUCUGAGGUGUUGUACCUGACCCUGUUUAAGGAAUUCCGAACCUCUCUGAUCCCCGUUGUUCUGGAAAUGGUGGAAGCUGUGAGGGCACCUUGUAACCCUGAGGAUAUAAUUGGGAUCCUCAGUAAAGAUGCGGUGUAUAAUGCAGUUGGCCUGUCAGCCUUUGACUUGUUCGAUGAUGUAGAUUUUGACGGUUGGUUCUCCACACAGCUCUUACAGGAACUUAACAUUAAACACCAGAAUUAUCGCAUCCUUCAUCGACGAAUUAUCUGGCUGUGUGCCCAGUGGGUGGGAGUUAAAAUGUCCUUCUCUCUCCGCCCCACCCUGUACCAGGCCAUCAUCUCACUCCUCAACCAAUCAGAGGACUUGGUUGUCAGAAUUGAGUCUGCUAUGACCCUGAAAACUGCUGUAGAUGAUUUUGAAUUCAAUGUAGAGCAGUUCUUACCGUUUUUGGAUUCCAUGUUUUCCUUGUUAUUUGAACUCCUAAAGGAAGUUCAGGAAUGUGACAGCAAGAUGCAGGUGUUGCAUGUCAUAUCCUUUGUGAUUGAGCGUACUGGUGGCCAAAUUAAACCUUAUGCUAGUUCCCUCCUCCGAUAUCUACAGACUUUGUGGCAGGAGGCCCAGGAACAUAACAUGUUGAAGUGUGCCAUACUGACAACUUUGGUGCAUCUAGUUCAGGGCUUUAGGUCAACUUGUACAUCAAUGUUUGACUUCCUGCUUCCCGUGAUUCAGUUCAGUACCGAUGUGACCCAGGAUCAGCAUGUUUACCUGGCCGAGGAUGGCCUUGACCUGUGGCUAGAGACCGUAAGGAAUUCCCCCAGUCCUAACGAUCACCUGUUACAGCUGUACAGAAACAUGCCCGGUCUGUUGGAGUCUGGAACAGAAACCCUGAGAAUAUGUUUAAAGAUCAUAGAGGCCUAUCUGCUUCUUUGUCCACAACAGUUCAUGCAUCAUUUCUGUAACAGUCUUGCUUCAUCACUGCACGGCUUGGUGUCGAACAUUCGAGAGGAUGGACAGAUUUUAAUUUUACGGGUUGUCGAAUUAGCCUUAGAAUUAUUUCCUAAAGAGGGGCCUGACAUAUUCCUGGACAUGCUUGUGUAUGUGGUAAAGUCAGUGUUGGAGGACAAGACCCAGUCGAUGUUGACCUCCAUGAAUUUGACCCUGUUUGGCCGAGUUGUGCUUCAGAACCAGGAGUUCCUGUGGAAGCUUCUCCAACAGAUGGCGCUUCAGUACAACCAAGAUGUGAGCAGUUUGUUUGGUGUUCUUCUAGACAUUUGGUUUGACAACAUGGACUACAUCACACAACCAGAGAGAAGAAAGUUAUCUGCCCUUGCCUUGGCUUCAUUAUUGUCUGUAAACUCAAGUGUGGUAGAGUCGAAGUUUGCGGGGAUUGUGACGGUGUGUGUGGGAGUACUACAUGAUGUGACCCGGAUACCGGUGGAUGACGACCCCCUUCUACAGUUAGAUUCCCUUGUGAUUAGUGAAGCAGAUCAAGCGAGCGAAACAGACGAGGAAGAGGUGGCUCAUGACAAGCGCAAACAUCAAUUAUCUAAACAGGACCCAGUGCACACAGUUCCUCUGAAGGAUUUCCUUAUGUCACAGUUACAAUCAUGUCAGGAGCAGACAGGAGAAAAGUUUGACCUUCUGAUGGAGCAGGUUGACCCAGAGAUCAUCCAACAACUGAGGACGUUUACUAGGUAGCCAUGGAUACAUAUGGUACCCAUAGUAACAAUUACAGUGCUGCAUGCUGCUUAUGUCCUUGCUUCUGAUAAACUUCAAUGAUCCAUGGAGCUAGUGGGGAUUUCUAUCACUGGAAAAAUCUUCCAUAAUCGAACUUUUUUUCUGUAAAACAAGGUCAAAUGUUGACUGUGUUUCUCCAUAGUUUGAUCCAUGUUGCUUUAUCUACUUGAUGCAGUGCAGUAUGUGGAAGAAAAAUUGUGAUAUUUUCUUGUGAUGAUGUUCAUUGCAUUAACUUCUUUUAAAUGUCAGGAUUAAAUAUCAAACCCAAAAUGGAUUACAAAUACAUAUACAUGUGUUAUUGUCUGGUACAUGAAUAUAGCCAGUAAAUAAAAUACCAGAGAAGAAAAAAAUUCUUGAUCAAUUACCAGGUGCUAAUGUGAUGUUACAUUUUUAGAAAUACAGAGAAGAAUUUUUUGUCAUAAAUUUUAAAUUUUUUUAUUAGUACAGUUUUUUUUUAAGUUGAAGAAAACAGUUUUAGUUCAUUUGCAAACAUUGACCUAUUUCAAAUGAUACAAUAUGUAUUUAAAAUUCAGAUUCUUUAAUAAAAUUAAGUUAAAUAUUG